GUCCGCCGACGACACGCAGAAAAAAAAUAAAAAUAAAAAAAGCCGUACUCAUGAAGUCCUCUUCUCCAGAGCUCCAUUCUUCGGAAUAUGAGAAUUCGAAGCGGAAACCACGCAGAUCGUGCAAGUCGAAACUCUGCGGUGUGCCUCUGUGGAUCCUGGCGAUUCUGUUAUUGGUUGUUGUGAUUGCUAUUGUGGUGCCUGUUGCGGUCAUGUUUGGGAAGAAGAAGAAUGGUGCGCCGAGAUCUGAUGUCCUGGUUCCGCUUUAUGUGUACCCCCAUCCUGGAGCGUGGGAUCCUUUGUUUGAGGCAGCUGAACGACACCCCGAUCUGAAUUUCACCGCUGUGGUGAACCCGGCCAGUGGUCCUGGAGACACGCCAGAGCCGGAUGGAAACUAUACGAGAGAAAUCCCUAGGCUUAACUCAUACCCGAAUAUCAGAACUGUUGGGUAUGUUUCGACCAGCUGGACCAACAGGAAUAUUUCGCUUGCUUUGGCGGAUAUCUCGACUUAUUCGAAGUGGGCUACGAACAGCACGAUUUCGAAUCUUGGGAUGAGGGGGAUAUUCUUGGAUGAGACGCCCGCGACCUGGACUGCUGAGAGCCAGGAGUAUCUUGAGAAGGUUGCUGCGGCAAUUAGGUCCGACGCUGGACUUGGAGGUGAUCCUUUGAUCAUCCACAAUCCAGGAAUGAUCCCAGACCAACGCUUCAUGCCAGCCUGCAACCUCUCCGUAGUCUUCGAAGGAACAUACGACACAUACCAGAUCUACGGCUUCCACAAGACGAUCGCAGCAUUCCGAUCCUCUUCGAACAGCGAACGUUCAGCUAUGGCAGCCGUUGUGCACACCUUCCCGGCUUCGCUGUCAAGCAAGAAGGAGAAUUCCAUGGUUAAGGAUCUCAGACAGGUGGCUGGGAGUAUCUUCCUGACUGGAUUGUCCGUGGAUUACUAUUCCAGCUUUUGGGAUGGCUGGGCGGGCUUUGCGGAUGAUAUGGCUGCGAAGUGAAAAGCGUCUUGCAGCUGGAGACUUCCAUUGCAGGGCAAUCCCCAGAGCUAUUGCUUUCGUAUUCACUCGUCCCCAUAUUCGUUUCUUUGUUACGGAAAAGGUGCAUUUGGAGCGUUGCAUAAGGAUUUCAUGACUGAAUGAACUUGAUAGAAACAGUUGCAGUACAUGAAACGUAUCAAACAUGAGAUAUUAAUAAAAGAUAAUAUUAGCAAUCUGGUCUGCAAAAUAUCUGGCAGAUGAUCCACUUGGAUGGAUGGUGUCUGAUCGGGAGCGAAAGGCAGACACUCGAGUUAGACAGCAAUCGCAAUAAUUUCAAAGCAGAAAGCUGCAUAUCGAUGGCGCAGACUAAAGAGUAGCAUAUUUCUGGUGAAAUUCAUGAUCAGAAUGGCACUUGCCAGAAACGAUACCACCAAGAUCCAGCUACAGAAGCUCUCAACACCAUAGUCCAUGGACCCAACUACCCGUAAAAGAAAACGGAUUCGCCUUGCAAGAAACCGAGCAAACUUUAAUGCUCUAGAGCGGAAUUAUGUAUGGUAUCAUUAUCACCUCCUCGCUGCAAUAUUCCCCGUCCACGCUUGAGGCUGCCACUCUUCACUUGGGCCCCCUCUCGCGUUCUUCCACGGAUCCUCUUUCUUGCUCUCCUCUUGUUCUGGCUCUUCAUUGAAUCGAUGCCUUACUCCAUCCGGAUUCCGUGUGUUGUCCAAACUUUCUCCUUCCCUCUUCGCACCAUUCGUCUGCUCUCCCAGCCUCGAAGCCACAUCCCCAGCACCUCCCGGAUCCUUAACUUCCAACGCAGGCUCCGGCUGGCUCCGCGCAGGCGCAUCCAGAAAACUCGGUUUCGCAGCCCAUCUCGCAUCAGCCUGCGCAGCCAGUAUCUUCAGAUUCCUCUGCCGUAUAAGGUCCUGCGACUGUUCUAUCAGGGAAGGAGGGUCGCGUCGAGUGUGCCGCAGCCAUUGGUGCCAUUGUGGCGAGAUUUUGAUUUCGCUGUAGUGUGUUGAGCGUGGGUAUUGGACUUUCCGCCGCAUGCGGUGUUUGUCUGUUGAGAGUGCGUCGUGGAAUUCCCAGAAGGAGUUGCCUUGCAGGUCGUGGCCUGGAGUGUGUUGUUAGUUGGGGAUUGUAGACUGGAGCUUCAUUUGGGCAAUCAAGCUUGCUAUUGAGGACUUACCGACGAGGUAUGUUUUACGCCAUGGUAGUCUCAGUGCUUUCCAUCUGAACCAGGCUUUUGUGAUUGCACUGGGUGGUUUUGAAUUCAUUUCGAGGAUGUG